AUUUGAUGCAGGUCUUGAGGGGCUCUGCUGACAGAGUGUUGGACUUUAGGUCACAUGCGCGCGCGGGUGCUAGCCGGAGAAAUGGCCAUUUGAAAUUCGUAUAUUAUAAGAAUCUUAAGCCAUUAGAACUAAACUUAUUCAACUUGAGUGACGUAACUUGGUUUGACGUCUUCAUCAAGCUGGGGUAGGUGUAUAGGUGUCUUUCUACUCGGAAGUUGAACUGUGUGAUUGAACAUACGGUGGGAGCUUCGAGACCACUACGCAAGCUAGAAAGAUUUUCCCAGCGGAGAGGAUCAGAUGUACCGUUGCUUCGCUCUAAACUUGAAAUUCUCACAUAAACAUCGCUUAGAUUAAUCAAGUAUUCGAAUCUGUAGGAUCAUUAUUGUAUAU